AUGGCUCGUCCCUAUAAGAGCCAGCUGGAGAUGAUAAGGCAGAAGGCACUCGCUGAUGGAUGCACCCACGCAAUCUUCUGGGAGAAAUGGAGUGCGACGAUGACCUCUGUCCUUCAGGACAAUCCAACUAUGAGCUCUGACUCGCAGAUCUACAAAGCGGAGAAGACUUUCUUCGAGAAGCACUAUAAAGCAUUCACCGCCUCGUCUGCUGCGAAAAAGCAGGAACCGAAAAAGCAAGAACCAGCUCGGAUUCAGAGACCAGAGAUUGACCUUUAUCGCUCAGGACCUCAACCUGUUCUUGCCAAAGCCCCCGAGACCGUAUUCGCCCCAUCGCUGGAUAUCAGAACUGCUGAAUCCUCGGGAAGCCAGGUCGUUCAAUUCAAUAAUAAUAAUCCACCAAGCCAGCCCGAUACUCUUGAGCCAAACCACGCGACUUGCCUUUCAGCAGACGCACCAGCGGGUUCCCGCAGCACAACGCGACCCCCAGCAUUCCCAUCUCAAACCACGAAGUCAGAAAUCAACUCCCCGAGCAAAGUGAAUGAAAAGGCCUUGACUACAAUCCCUUCUCAAUCGUUAUCUAAGGAGAAAGCUGCAGGUUCACAGGUGAAGACUGAAGAAAACACGCAGGGCUUCAGUUUAAGAGACGAGGUCGGCGAGAUAAUUGACUACUUGAUGGCCGAUGUUUGGCCACCCCCGACACACAAGAGAGCAUUAUCUCCAUCGAUGGAUGACGGAGGGGGGGCAGGUGUGUUGGGAAAUAAGAAGAGAGUGAAGAGAGAGGAAGGGGAAUGA